AUGUCGGGUGAGAUGACGGAGGAGCUAUGGAGGGAAUGCCCGACCCUCCGGGAGGCGGUGGAAUCGGUGCACAGGGAGGCGGGUCGCCCGGACCACAUCUCUCGGAAAGGUGUGGAUUCCGGAAAGUUUGGUGCAGGGUGCUACACAGUGCGAGUCUGCAGAUUGCGGAUCCAGGCUACACUGAAAUCUAUGAUGGAAACGUCUGAGUUUUCGGUACUUGAGGAACUUCUUUCGAAAUGUGGCGGAAUUCCCAGAGUUAUAGUAGAAAUAGCUGGCUCGAUUGCCAGAAGGAGAGUUCGAAUUAAGGAUCGGGAACGUUAUAUCAAUGAUAACUUUGUGCAAGAGUUGGAAACUAAUAGAGAGUUUGCCCUUCUAUCGGGUCUAUUUUAUUGGGUGCAGUCCUACUUCCGCAACUGCCCAGAUUCCCUCAAGCCAUGUAUCUUCUACCUGUCAAUCUUCACUCCAAAACAGCUCAUUCGUCGGAGGCGCCUAAACGGGGAGGAGCAAUUCUCCAACCUCCUCAAUCAGAGCAUAGUCCAGAAGGGAUCCUCAGUGGUGUUGGGUGCUACAAGGAUGGUCUCAUGCGAAGUAAAUGGUUUUUUCCGGGAGUACAUCGUCUCAAAACGAAUGGAAGAGAACCUUGUGUUUGAACUGGAUGGCAGUUGUGCCCCUACCACCCAGCGCACAGGGCGUCACCUUGUCAUAUCAGAAAGCUGGGUCAGGGACGAAAUUGUCUAUAACAGCAUUGACUUCUCCAAACUACGGUCACUAACAGUGUCCGGAAAAUGGGAAAAAUUCUUUAUCUCUGCAGGUAUGAAGCUGCUUCGGGUGCUUGAUCUAGAGGAUGCAUUACAUGUAGAGUACAAUGAUCUUAAGAAGAUUAUGAAGUGGUUUCCUCGCCUGAAAUUCCUCUCACUUCGAGGACACAAUGAAAUCUGUCAACUACCAAGUUCAAUAGGUGAUCUGAGGCAGCUCCAGAGUCUGGACCUGAGAGGCACGUCCAUAGUCACCCUGCCCGCGAGCGUCACCAAGUUAGAGAAGCUGCAAUACAUCCGUGUCGGCACCACUACUCCAACAGAGGCACCUCGCCUUCCAGUGUCCCGGUUGUCCCAUUACAGCAGAGGUCGUUGUCACUUGGUUGGCAUUCAAAUGCCUCAAGGAAUCCGGAAACUGACGCCGUUGCACACACUUGGUGUUGUCAAUGUUAGAUCUUCAGGGAUAAAGAUCUUUCUGGAAGAUCUCAAGAAGCUUACCCAACUGCACAAGCUUGGAGUAUCCGGUAUCGACAAGAGCAACAGGAAAAAGUUUUGGUCUGCCAUCUCAGUUCAUACCAGCUUGGAAUCCUUGUCGGUGCAGUUCGACAAGAACUCUAGUCAAGGUUGCUUCGAUGGCAUUGCCCUGCCUCAAAACAGCCUGCGGAGCCUUAAACUGUAUGGACUUGGAGAGGGACAGCUUAGCAAGCUCAUGACCCCUGCGGUAAGUGGUUUAAGCAAGAUCGCAAAGAUGAACUUGGAGAUGGCCAUGUUGAAGAAACAGGACGUUAACUCCCUCGGCGAGCUAUCUGAAUUAUGUAUUCUCCGCCUUUGUUUCCAGGAGCUUGAAGGAGAUGAGCUCAGGUUCUGUACCAUAACGGAUUUCUAUGAGGUGGAAUCUUAUUUGCAGCUCAAGGUCCUUGACAUUACUUGCAGCAGUGUCUCCGGCUUACCUAUAUUUUUUGGGGAACAAACUAUGAAGGAACUAGAGCUGCUUAAGGUUGAGUGGUCCAGGGAGUCGUCAGAUCAGUUCUCUGGCCUACAGAAUCUACCUGAACUAAAGGAAGUCUUGCUCAAUGGAUUUCCAUUUCCCCUUUUCUACUGUGUUCUUCAUUUGGGCGGAGGGGGAGAGGUGGGAGGAAGGCGGUUGGGGGGAGGCAGCACGGUCCCAUGGUGCGUCGGCGGGAAGGGAGGCGGCGCGGUGCCGCGGUGCGUCGGCGGCAAGGAGGCGAAGGCGCCCGCGGCUACGGCAGAGGUUUGGUGGAGCCAGCGAGGGGCGCUGAGGUUGCGGAGCAGUGGUGAUUUUGUUGCUGAUUUCGUCGGAGAGGGCGCGGCUACUCGAGGGCGCGGCUACUGCGAAGGGGCUGGAUCUGAGAAGCAUAAUGUCAAAUUCUAUGAAGAUGCGCUCACUGACGGUGAGAGUGAUGAGUUUUCAAAGGAGAAAGCUUUAAAGGAUGCCAAGUUUGAUGAAGCACUGCUCAAGUUUUAUAUUAGCAAUCAAGUAAAACAAUUGAAGAGGAGGUUGACCGCUAGUCUUAUUGAUAAGUUCAAGAAGCAAAAAACAGAGAGUCAUGAGCAACCUGUUUUCACUCGUUACUCGGGCAAAUAUUUCAGUACUGUUGCUAAGUCUUUAACACCUCAACUAUUGCGAAGCAAUUUCAUUCCUGUCACCAAAGAUACAGUUCGCAAUAUUCUUGAGAUUCCAAAUAGUGGUUUGGAAGUUGUGCCUGACCGGGAAGCAGGGCGGAGUUUCAUCUUGUCUCAUUUCAAUGUCACAUCUAUUCCUCAAGUAUCAUAUUUUGGGAAGAAGCUAAAGUCUGAAGAAGAUUUGUCUGAUAAGGAUAUUUUAAUUUGUUUCAUGGUUGUUAUGUUUCAAAGUUUUCUUUGUCCAAAUUCUAGCUUACAACCCAGCAUAGAGUACUUGCACUUGUUUAGAGAUGUUGCUAAUAUCAUGAAGUAUGAUCUAUGCAAAUUUGUGUAUGAUUGGCUUGUGAGCAGUAUCAAGAAAUUCCGCAAAGCGGUAAAAGUUUCUGCAAAGAGGCAAAUCACACUUGGAGGAAAUCACUACAUCCUUGUUGUUGCGUACCUUGACAGAGUUGAUUUUGGAUUAAAGUCACUACCAGAAGUUGUGCCUCGAGUUCUUGUGUGGAAAGGAAGCAGAAUAAGAGACUAUGCAGAUUUGGAUAAGUGUAGUGAGAAUUCUUUUGGAAAAAGACCAUUGAAGCAUGUGUCUUAUGCAAGUGAAGUUCAGACAAAAGAACCUCAAUAUUCACAAAGUAGAUUGCCAGAUUUGCAUAAGUCUAGUGGAAGGAGACAAUUCAAGCAUGUGUCUUAUGCAAGCAGAGUUCAGACAGUCAGAAUUUUUUCGUUCCGAUAUUCAAACUGCACAACCAUCUUUCAUUGAUAAAUUGUCUUCUUUACUUGGACCAUUCUUGGAUACCAAGCAACUAAAAACUGUAGCAGAGGUUGUCCAAUUGAAUACUGUUGGAAAUCCAGUAGAGAUUGAACAAAAGUGCGAAGAGAUUGUUUGUCAGGUGCUCAAAGGUUUAUAUGGGCAACCAAAA